AUGUCAAGAAGAGGCUUACGAGAUGAAGAAAUCGAACGAUUAUUGUGUGAAAUUCCAUCAGACGAGGAUUCCACUGUUGACACCACAGAUGACGAAUCUGAUUAUGAAGCAAGCAUUGUUGCGGAGGCUAUUGUGUCGUCUGAAGGCGAAGUUUCAGAGAGCGAGGAAGAAAGUGAGUCCACUCCGCCAAAACGCGCUGCUGACACAGCGCCAACUUGGGGACAACAAUUCAAUGCUACCUCAGGAAUGCAGUUCGACAGUGAAUCAGGACCAAGUGCUUUUAUUAGGGACAUUGAUGAUCCAGAACCUAUCGAUAUAUUCGAAAAAAUAUUUCCAAAAGAGCUAGUUCAGCUAAUCGUUUUCCAAACAAAUUUAUAUGCGACGCAAUCUGGCAAGUCUUUCACUCCAACAACUGACAAUGAAAUACGAACUUUCCUGGGAAUCAACAUUUUGAUGGGUAUAAAGCGUAUGCCAGCAUACAGAGACUACUGGUCUAGUGCCCCAGAACUUCAUGAUCGUUAUAUUGCAUCUCUGAUGGCAGUAAAUCGGUUUGGAUGGUUACUGAGGAACAUUCAUCUGAAUGAUAACACAUUGCAUCCAGAAAAAGGACACCCAGGUUAUGACAAACUGUACAAGCUGCGACCAGUGAUCAAGAUACUAUCUGAAUCUUUUUCCAAGUGUUACCAACCCAGCAAACACCUAGCAAUUGAUGAGUCAAUGAUCAAAUUCAAAGGCCGCAACAGUAUGAAACAAUACAUGAGAGAUAAACCCAUAAAGCGUGGUUACAAAGUGUGGAUGCUGUGUGACAAGACCUCUUACAACUUGAAAUUUGAUAUUUACACCGGAAAAGUAGGUGACACAGUGCAAACAGGCCUUGGGGAGCAUGUAGUGCUGAGUUUGUCCUCUGAACUCGUAAAUAAAGGCCAUUAUCUUUAUUUCGACAACUAUUUCAAUAGCUAUAACUUGUUGGCUGGUUUACAGCAGAGAAACAUAUAUGCCUGUGGGACAGUUCAACCAACAAGGAAACAUUUACCCAAAUUAAAAACAGACAAAGAAUUAAGCAGAGGUGAAUUUGACUGGAGGGUCAGCAACUGUGGCAUCCUCUACUUGAAGUGGAAAGAUAAGAGAGCUGUUCAUCUCCUUUCAAAUUUUCACAGUCCUGAAGUUACUACAGUGACUCGCCGUGAAAGAGAUGGUUCACGCAUAGAGCUACCUUGUCCUCAAGCAGUGAUGGAUUACAAUGCACACAUGAACAAUGUCGACAAGUUCGACCAACUGAAAAAAUCAUAUGAAAUAAGCCGGAGAAGCUUGACUGAUGAACAAAUCACUGAGUUGGCCAACAGAAUUGAUCCAGAUGAGUCUGACGUAGAGUUUGAUGAGUCUGAUGAUGAAGAUGACGCUUUGAUACAAAGAAAUCAUAGUGACGAAAGUUCAUCAGAUGAAGAAACUGUAUCUCUUGCUAAAAUCCUAGGAAGAAGCGAGUUUUUAAGGCAUACAGAUGAGUAA